AUGAUGGCGGAGCCGCGCCGGGUGCCGUUCAUUAGUCUGUCACCCGUGAGGCGACGAGAAGGUGAGUCUCCGGUGCUAGAGCGAGAGACUGGAGGGGGCCGCGAGGCAGAGCAGCCAUUAGCGCGUGAGGGCCUGAAGCUACCAGAUCAGCAGGAGCACCAUCACCACCACCACUAUGAUAACAGUCGGGCAGAGCCGCCACCGCAACCCUUCGAAUCCUGUCCUCGGCCAGAGUCUCAUCCUGUGUCGUUACCGCGAGAGAUCAGCCGGCCUGAGCCGACACCAAAGCCACCGCAGCUGCCACCCCACCGAGAGUCCCCAAGGCCAGAAGCACCGCCGCUGUCGUCUCAUCAGCAGCUAAAUCGCGAGAAUAACCGGCAGGAAUCGCCGCCACCACUGGAUCAGACGAUUCGCUUGGAGUUGAUCUUGAAAGAUCCCACGGAGGAGAGCUGCGUGGAGUUCAGCUAUCCCGAGUUGCUAUGGAGUGGCAAGGCCCGGAAAAGCUCUUCACUCAUUGAAGACCCAUUUGAUAAUGAAGAACGUGAGAGACAUGAAGUGGAAAUGCUGGCUAAGAAAUUUGAAACAAAAUAUGGUGGAAAGAUCCACAAACACCGGAAGGACCGAGCCCAAGAUCUGAUAGAUAUGGGCUCUGGUUAUGAUGUAAAUGAUCCUUUCAUCGAUAAUUCAGAAGCUUAUGAUGAAUUAGUUCCUGCAUCCUUGACUACUAUAUAUGGAGGCUUCUACAUUAAUACUGGAAUUUUGCAAUUCCGCCAGGCAUCUGAUUCUGAAGAGGAGGAUUUUACAGGAAGCAAAAAGCAUAAACCAUCUAAAUUAGGUAAACUAAAAGAUGGUGAUGACUGUAGCAUGAAGAAACGAAAGCGAAAAGAGGAAGAGGCAGAAAAGGAGAAAAAGCCUCGGAAAAUUAAAGUUACUAAGCAGUUGGGGGUAAUGGCGUUAAAUUCUCACAAAUCUGAAAAGAAGAAGAAAAAGCUAUACAAGGACUCUUUUUCAUUGGCUGCUAUGAUCAGGAAGUUUCAGAAAGAGAAAGAAGCCUUUAAAAAAAAAGAGGUUAACCUAAAUCCCACAGUAGCAGCUACCUGUUCUACACCUAAUAAACUUCCUAUUGCCCCUGCCAUCAGUGGCAAUGAUGUGUCUGACUUGAAUCUCAGCAUUACAGAUCCAGUCCUUUCUAUUUUUGGCAGCACUAAUGAACGUGAGCUCCUGCAAGAAGCUGAAAGUGCCCUGGAGAUGCUGGGAGAUAUUGAUUUUGACAGGUUGCUUGAUGGUACCUCUAAUGGCAGCCCAGUAUCUGAGCCUUUAGGGGAAAAUGGAAGUGUCACCCAGCCCCCCCAUACUGCUGAGGUCCUGACACUGAAACAAGUGCCUGCCCUCCCAGAAGGUCUGCCAGGACAUCUAGAAAAACGUAUUGAAGACCUUAGAGUUGCUGCCAAGCUCUUUGAUGAAGAAGGCAGAAAGAAAUUCUUUACACAGGACAUGAAUAAUAUCUUGCUUGAUAUUGAGAUGCAGCUACAGGAAUUGAAUCCUACUGUCCGCAGUGGAGUGUACUCUCAUCUUGAAGCUUUUGUGCCAUGCAAUAAGGACACAUUGAUAAAACGUUUGAAGAAAUUGCACCUCAAUGUUCAGGAUGAUCGCUUGAAGGAACCAUUGCAAAAAUUGAAGUUGGCUAUCAGCUGUGUCAUGCCUGAACAACUGUUCAAAUACCAGGAAGAUUGCCAGGCACAUAGUCAAGCCAAGAAUGCCAAAAUGCAAGCAGAAGAUGAGCGAGACAAGAAUGGUUCAGAGGAGGAGGAUGACGAGAAACCAGGAAAGAGGAUUGCAGGUCCAAGAAAAAAAUUCCACUGGGAUGAGACAGUGAGGACUUUGCUGUGUAACCUUGUCAAGAUAAAGCUGGACUGUUAUGAGCUAGAGCCAAAUAAAAGUCAGUCUGCAGAAGAUUACCUCAAGACAUUUAUGGAGACAGAAGUGAAGCCUCUUUGGCCAAAAGGUUGGAUGCAAGCUAGGAUGCUCUUUAAAGAAAGCCGAAGUGUUCAUAAUCAUCUCACAUCUGCUCCGGCAAAGAAGAAGGUGAUUCUGGCACCUAAACCCAAAGGAAAGGACUCUAGCCCAAAGAAGGAGCAGCGAGCAUGUCCCCCUUUUGCUUCAGCUUGUGUUCCUGCUUCAAGUACUAAUGCGCCUAUCAAUGCGGUAACCAGUUGUAUUCCAGCUCCAGAGACAAUCUGCCUGGAUGACUCAUUGGAUGAAGAUCUGUCAUUUAAUCCACCUUCAUUGGAUUCUGUUUCUGAUGCUCUGGCUGCUAUUAAUAAUGGGAUCAAGAGUUCUUCUAUUGUGUCCCCUGUAGACACUUCUGCUUCAAGACCUCGGGCAGGGCUAAGAGAAGAGAAGCUAGCAAGCAUAAUGAGCAAAUUACCUCUGUCAUCCUCAAAAAAAAUAGAAGCUGUUCAAACACAACAUUCAUCAAGUCUUAUAGCUGGGCACUCAGGACCAGUACCAAAGAAAUCCCAGGAUUUGCUUCAGACUGGUAUCUCUUCAGGCCUUAUUGCUGGAUCCUCAAUUCAGAAUCCCAAGGUUUCCUUGGAACCAUUGCCAGCCAAGCUUCUGCAGCAAGGGUUACAGAGGUCAAGUCAAAUACAAGCUGCUUCCUCUUCCCAGACCCAUAUUUCUUCUUCCUGUAAAGGGCAAGCUACAGCUUCUCCUGCUUCACAAAGGCCAAAGGAUACAGUUGUGCUUGUAACCUCCUCAGAAGUCCAAAGCUGUGGCUCCUCAACAGUACAAGUAGGAAAAGUUCACCAGCAGUCCACUGCCCAACAAAAAUAUGUGUCUCCUCUACAAGUAACUAUUAGUAAAUCUCAAACCAAUCCUGUGGUAAAAUUAAGUAGCAAUCCCAAACUUUCCUGUUCUUCCCCAGUAACCAAGACUUCAGAUAAACCAGUAGUAUACCGCCUUCCUUUGUCUAAUGCCACCUCUGGGAGUUCCCAAAUGGUUCACCCACUUGUGUCUCGGACAACAUCCAGCACCUCUACCUCUAGUAAUUAUUUGGCCAAGGCCAUGGUAUCACAAGUUUCUGCCCAGGGUUUCAAGCCUCCUUUCUCCAUGGUUCCCUCUCCUAAACCUGCUGCCUCUCCUAAACCCUCAGCAUCCAAGCCUUCUGUAACAUCCAAACCUACUGCAUCUCUUAAAUUGCCCUCAUCUAAGUCCACCUCUACAACCAAGCCCAUAUCAUCUCCCAGUUCUUCCAGUCCAAGUACACUAGUAUCCCAGAACAGUCACUCCAACAACAGCAAUUCCCUUCAUAAACAGUCCAGUGGAGUAAGUGUCAGCAGACAAUCUCCCACAAUUAAUUUACUUUCCUCUAACCGAACCUCAGGCCUUCAACCAGCAAAGAAUCCUCAGCCCCCUUCUAAAUUAUCCAAUUCCUCUGCUUCUGGAACUGCUGGCAAAAAUAACUUGAGUGGAGUUGGAUUGAAUGUACCUAUCAAUAGGGGCAGCAGCUUAAAUUCAAGUGGGGCUAGUAGGACUAAUCUCUCUGGAGCAGCAGGAAGUGGAGCACAGGGUGCUACUAAACAAUUAUCAACUCCACAUAGACCAUCUUCUGCCUCAGGGUCUACAGUUAUACCAGCCAGUGUACAGUCAACAACAGGUGCAUCAUUACUGGCAAAUGCUUCACCUUUGACUCUCAUGACAUCACCAUUGUCUGUAACCAGUCAGAAUGUGACAUCUGCUCCACUGACUCCUUUUGGGAUGCUGGGGAGCCUUGUUCCGGUGACUAUGCCCUUUCAGUUUCCAUUGGAGCUUCUUAGCUUUGGAACAGACACGGCUGGAGUGACAACCACCUCGGGAUCUACCUCAGCAGCUUUCCACCAUAGUCUAACUCAGAAUUUAUUGAAGGGUUUACAGCCAGGAGCUCAGCAUUCAGCAGCACUGUCUCAUACACCUCUGCCUGCUCAUUUGCAGCAAGCUUAUCCAGAUGGCCAAAGCAAAGUGGAUGCUAAGUUACAGAGGAAAACCCAGUGAUGUCCUGAUAAGUAAGGGAGUAAAUGUGGUUCUACUUUGCUGAUGGAAAAUGACCAGUUGGGAAAGUGCUUACAUGGACACAGAGCUGCUGUUUCUGUCAAUGUUUACAUAUUCUGAUCCUAAGCACUGUGGUGAGGAGAAAAAAACAAUACUUGAUCAAAGAGAGAAGAAAAAGGAGGAAAGUGUUCUUAUAAAAAACGCAUAGUUUGAUUUUGUUUCCAGGACAAUUCUCAAAGCCUUUUAUCCUGAUUGUCUCAGAAAGGGUUGGCCAAACAGGUUCAGUUGUCAAACCUACAGCAACACAAACCUUUUUGCAGGUUGAUACCUGAUAAAGGAACUGUGAAAGGAAACUAAAAUAGACAUCUGUAUCCACCAUGCAAGUAAGGCCAUCCAUCCUAUUCAGACAAGUGGAGGCCCCAGGGAAGUCUACAAGCUAUGCCAGUUAGGAACAUUCUCUGCAGGUUUGAAUAAUGUGAAGUAUAGAGGAGAAAAAGUUUUGUAUGAGCAUAAAGGAAGUAUGUAUUUUCUUCACACAAAGUCAAGGCUGCUUGUUCACUAUUCCUCUUUGAAGAGCCUGAAUAUUAUAAAUAACUUAUUUGGAGUAGUAUUUUCCCUAGCUACUGUAACUGAUCAGGACAGAGAUUAAAAAUGGAGGGUGUGUUAUAAGCUGAUACAUUCCACACUUCAGUGGAACUUAAAAUCUUCAAUUUACUAUCAGAAAUUCAAACAUAAGAUAAGCAUGAAUUGGCCUUAUCAAAGCAUACCUUUGUUUUCAGUAUCUUUGAAGAAAGAUUUAUUUUAUCGCCCUUAGAUUUGCUGGACCAUUUCAGAGUUGCCUUAUUUUUCAUAUAUUAAUAGAAUGUAGAAAUUUUCCAUUUCUCUCCUCCGUGAAGGUAGUCUCUGAUUCUUCUCCCUCUUCUAAUAGCUCUGAGAAGUGAUGUGCUGUAUUGAUUUCUAGCAAAUAAGAACUACUUGCAACACUUAAGAAGACCUUUUAUCAGAAAAGGUUCAAAGCUGUCCCCAAAGUGUAUAGUUGAGGUGCCUUCUGCUUAGGCUUUAACAUUCUUAUUCCCAGUAUUCUUUAGAUCGGCAUAGCUGGGAGAUACUUGAUUUGUUGUUGCAUGAACAUACAACUUUUAGGCUGGCUUUGAUUUUGAAAUCAAUAUGUUAGAGGUCUAGGAAAGAAUUGUAGGAACUGCUUUGUAUUGCACUCAUUAAUUAGUACAGAAGAAAUGUGUGUGUCAGAAUAUAAUUCUGGGAGGAAAAGUCAAAACAAUGAUACAUUAUGUUGUAAAAUCUUUAGGGGUGGUUAAGUCUAUAAAUUAUUAGUCCCAAAAACUAAAGCAUUUUCUUUAAUUUAAAUCUGUUAUUUCAUUUUUAGUAAGAGUUGAUUUUUUAAACAUUUCUGGAGAUUGGUCAUUACCCAGCAAAAAUAUGUGCAUAUGCCAGCAUGUUUAGCUGGAGGUUUCUUUGACUCCCAACUGCAAUCUCUUGCGCUGCUGAAAAAGGAAGCCACAUUUUAAAAAGACAAGUAGUUUAUCUAUUGAGCAGCACUAGUGGCUACAGUAUGAGGCUCAGUAAUAUCUAUGGCUUCCUAUAGAGUUCUACUUCUUAUAUGCAUAUAGUUUUACUUUAUGGUGGCCAAGGUAACCCUUCUGCUAUCUUGUGACUGACGUGUAUUCAGUUAUCAAGUUUACAGAGAUAUGUUAUUUCAUCUUACAAAGAUUAGAUAGCUAAUCUUACUGAUUCAGAUUACUACUUAUCAUAUUUGUAAAACAUGUGUCUAUUUAAAUAAUAUAUAAACACAGUAACUGAAUGUUGGGUUGACCCUAUAAAUUUUUUUAAAACUUGCACAGAGUAUGGAUUAAAAAUAAAGUCAAAUCAGUCUUGAAUAGAAGGUAAACAAAGGGCUUUUUUAAAAAAUAACUUUAUGGUAGUUUGGUAGAAGAAACUACAAAGUGUAUAGUUCAGAAUGUUUUUUGCAUCUCCAAAGCCUUUGAUUCUUUCCCCUUCUCCAUUCAAUAUUAAUUGGUUAAUUUUAUUCUCUUGCUUGAUUUAUCUUCAUUUCAAAGGUAAGCAAAAUGUUCUCCAUGAGCAUAUCCUGCAAAUAGCCAAAAUAUACUGUUCUCUCUGAGGACGUAUUGUUACAUCAUUAGUUAUUUCCUUAUGGCAACUUCAAAUCUGUGUAUGCAUGAAUGUACACACACAUAAAUAAAAAAAAUACAUUUGGAAGAUAAGCUUAAGAUAGAAAAAUAUAUUUGCAACAGUGGUUUUAAAGUACCAUAAAUGAAAUGAAAUGUUCCUAGAAGAAUUAGGCAUACAGAGACCCUAACAUUCCAUAUUACCUUAUGAAAACUAGAUGUUAAGUCAUUAAUACUUUUCAGCUUUAGUUUUCCUUGAUUUACAAUGAGAGAAAGUGUGGAAGGUAAAAACAUUUUUAAAUAGAGAUUUACCUUUUGUUUCCAGGCAUUUUUCACUUCUAGAAAUAAUGCACAGCACGGAAUAGAAUUAGGAGGAGUUGUGUUUCUGAUUAUGUUUUUCUAUAUAUUUAAAGCAAAACAUUUGGUGGCAGAACAGGUUUAUGUGUUUAAGAUACCAGAGAGAGAAAAAUUUCCCAUAAAACCAAAUAACACAAGUGGCUUUCUUGUUGCUCUCCAAUAUAUCUCAUAUAGAAUUUGAUGAAAGCACAUUGAUUUGAAUUUAUGAUUCUUAUUACAUAGCAUGCAACUGGGGCCUCUUUGUUUUGCUGAGUAUAUGAAGAGAGUUCAGCUCUUUUCAGCUUGAUAGCAAACUAGAAUAUCUGGAGGUAUAAUGCAAUGAAAGUCGUGAUAGAAGACAAUUACUCUUUAUGUUCUCAGUAAAACAAGAACUUUGUAGUUGGAAUGAAUCUAAAUGGUAACUCCAUGACUUUCUCUGCAAUGGGCAUAAGGACAUGAACAAGACAGUCAAAACUGAAAAAAGCAGAUAGGAUAUCAGCACCAUUACAAUGCAAGUGAGGUACACUUCCUGCAUAGCAAUUUUUCAUUUAGGUAUUUUUAAGAGCAUAGUUUGUCUUAAAUGUAUUUGGAGAUUUAAACAGCUCUUACAUUAAAACUGUUCAGUAUUCAUAGCAAUAAAAGGUAAAGCUUUCAUUUCUGAAUUUAAAUUAUUUUGAGACGUAGAGCUAAAAUAGUGACCUUACACUGAGCCUCAAAUAUAAGCAAUAAUUUUGAAAUACAGGUUUUGAAUUUCAGAAUCAUUUAAAUUGUGUUUUUUGCCCCAAUGGGGACAGUUAGCAAUUCCUUAGGUUAUCUUGGAUCUUUAUGAAGUAUGGAGAAAGGAUAUAAACAAUGAACAAAGAAAUGUCUUAAUGCAUUCUUCCAUCCCCAAGGUAAUAUUUGAUGGCUUAAAGCAUUCCUUUUUCAGCCUUUUAUAUUGUCUUGCCUCCAGCAAGACAGAUGGGAAUGUUGAGUCAAAAUCUCAGGUGUGGGUGCUGUGGGUUUGACAUCUGUUUCCAUGAAAUUAGAAAGGGUUUAAUCUAUUCAAUAGGCUAUGAAUGGGGCAGGCAAUCGCAGUGUGCUUCCUCAUACUCUUAGCUGACUAAUCCAACCUCCAUUUAGCCUCUCCAUUUGAUCCAAAAGAGUUGAUAUGAAAAUAAAGAAUUUGCAACUCCCAAGCUACCAUGAGUUAUAUUGAACCAUAACCAGAUGAUAGUUUGUUAGGACUCCCAGCUAUCUUACUAUGUUUGCUGCUACAUUCAUUAAAAUAAUUUUUGAUUAUAUUUAUAAAUACAUUUAAAUCUAGUUUACACAGUGAUUUUAGAACUGUUUGCCCACAUAAAGUUUAGGAUGUUAGUUUUUUGGAAUAUUGACAAAUGAUAUAGUGAUUACUUUUAUUUUUGAACUUUUCAGGAUAGUAGUGCAGGAAAAAAAAUCAAAAAAAUUUUCACCUAAAUAUCUUGUUAUGUUGGAGGUCACAGAACACUUUUUAUUUUCUAAAAUCUUAACACAAAGGUCAGAAUAAUAAACAGAUAUCAAACAAUGUUUAUGCAAUUAUAACUUUAAGAUGACCUUUAGAUUUUUUUUAUACUUUAGUUCUGUCUCUGAAUGGGGUUACCCCUCCAACUUACUUGAUUCAGGCCUUUGGUUAAGUGCCUUUUCUUUUUGUUCCCUCUUCUUCCCACAAAGUAUACUCAGAGGUCCUAAAGUGUUUGGAGGUAUUUGGAAAAACCUUGAUCCUGCCAAGAUGACUUUAUGCUGUUAAAGUAAUGUUUCCCUUCUGUAAUUAGUGUUCAGUAUAUGUAAUGUUAUAGCUGCUGUUGCAUAACAGUCAUUCUUAUGUGCUUGUUCUUCGCACACAGCACUAUUUUCCUUAUGUUGAAUCUGUUUUUUGUAGUAUUAAUGUUUACUUCUAAAAAUGAACUUUGGCACAAUUUAAGAAUAUAAACAGUGUAUUUGAGCAACUGUAAUGAAGUGGUUCGUAGUACACUAAGCCAUUCCCACUGGAGUUUCAGAUUGUAAUUUAAAAUGUCAUCCUAGUGAUAAUGUUGAACUGGCCUUCUAAAAUUUGGCAUUUUUCCCUGUGACAGAUAAAGCUUGUGGCAGAAAAUAGAGCAGAAUAUUUCUUCACAUUAAAAAAAAGUUAUAAAGAAUUUAUAUUUGAAUGGUUACAGUUUACAUCAAACGAGUGGACAAUAAAAAUAUCUUAAAUUUCUGCAAUAAAAGUAUUUUCAUAUGGCCUUGCUCUGCUGCAUGAGAAGCCUACUGCUUUCAGAUCCUAGGAAGCUGCCUGUUGAUAGUGACAGUGAUUUAAUCUUUUAAAUUAAAAUUUUAAUUUCCCAUGAACCAAAUACAGUGAGAGCUUCUUUGCAUUGCUCAGAUAUGUAUCUUAAGAUAUAUUGUAAUUAGUCACAAAAUUUUGCUUUAAAUAACAAACUGGCUAAAUAAAAGAAUAGCAGUAUACUUUUAAACAAAGAAUCACAACAAGAUUUCAUUAUAAAUUUUUUUAACAAAAUCUAUUAAGAACUGUGACAUGUAAGAAUGCAACUUAAAAUAAGUAAUACAUUUUAAAGCUUUUUAUUAUAUUUGUAAAACUUCAAUCUUUUAAACUAUAUUAUUGCUAAGGUUCUACUUAACUUUAAAACAAAUAUAAGUUGCAUUCUAUCUCAAAUUCUGAAUGGAUGGUUGAAUACUCAAAUAAUAUUGAAUAUUGCUAGACAUUAAACAACUAUCUUUUGUUCAGAGAAAGCAAUUCAGCAUGACUGAGGGAUAUAAGGUAUUUUAUGUAAUCAGUUAACAUAUUUCUAAUUGCAGUGGCAGAUAAGAGAGGAGACUGAAUCUCCUUCAAGAGUCUAAAGAAACUUCCCUAUAGAAAGGAAAUUUUUACUAGGAAGAAAGGGAUGAGUUGCUAUGCUAUGGCUUAUUGUAAACCAUAUAUUUGGCUUAAAAUUGAGUUUUCCCAACUUUGAACCAUCUAUUCCUAAUUUUUAAUAAUUAUUUUCUGAAUGCAUUUCUCAGGACACUAUUGCUCAGUUUUUUUUCUUAUACCUUUUACCAGUCUUUGGAAGUUGGAGAAACUUGUGUUGAGACUUGAAGAAAUCACCUAGAAUAAUCUAUUUAAAUAUGAAUUUGAUUUAGAUUUCAGCACAUGGAAGGUGACUGGCAGAAGUGAAUGCCUCAAUAACAGUCACUCCAGAUGCCAGAAAUUAAUAUAGGUCAGGACAAACUGUAAUGCGGAGAGCUGAGGGAACAGGAUACCUGAAAACCUAGGAGAACCUUCUGCAAAGAGCUCUUCUGCCAGCCCUCUUGCAGAUACCUAAAUCUGUGUUUAGAUAAUUACCAAUUGUUUCUUUUAAUUGAAUUAUAUUUUCUUCAGCCAUAGCAGAAAACUCAGCUUCUCCAUUUUCAUCUGGGGCAGUUUUUGUGCAAUGAGUAUCUUUGCUCCAUGUAACAAAAACAAAUUUCUGAAGCUUUCCAUUCCCAUUAUAAUCUUUAAUCCUUGCAGUGCUGCUGAAACAACAUUUAUAAUUUAGUGUACACUACAUGUUACAAAGCUUCACCUUUUCAGUACACUAGGCAUUUUAAUUUGGUGUGCUAAAAAAGAGAAUAUUUGGUUCUCUUUGUCAUACAUUGGAAUAAAUUGGGAAAAGCCAGCUAGUUUAAAGUAAAGAUUGUAGGUAAGGCUCUCAGAACUUAAGAGAUGGCUGGUCUUUAGUACAGUAGCAUUUUAUUAUCAGCCCAGCCUUUCUCUGUAAGGCCUUAGUUUGGUUUUAGUAAGUAAAACUAUGCAUAUUACAAAAUCCUUGCUUAGUGUUACAGAUAUUUUCCUUCUGCUAUUGUAACAUCUACCCAAAGAAACAUGACAAAGCUUUUUGAAUGUGUGUGUAAUAUGGAAAUAUUUUUGUAAAAAUGAAAUUAAAUUCUAAAUAGCAGGAACACAUUCUCUAGUACAAUGAUAGGGUUCUGAGAGACUUUUGGAGGCUUUUAAAAUCUGAUGGUGAUAUGCUUUGACUGACUAUAAUCAAAGAUACAGACAUAGAAUAUAAUCACCCAUUUGAAAUUAGUAAAUCUGUAAGUAAGUAAAUAUUUUACCUGUACAGAGAGAGGAUAGUUAAUUAUAUCUCCAUCCACAUAGAUUCUUCUUCAGAGAAGUGGUCUGAGUAUCCCUCUCUCCCCUCUGGCACCUUUCAACAGUGGACUUCUCUUGGAUUGAAGAAUCCAGAGAAUUAAGCAUCAUGUUAUGGAAGCUAGUGCACUUUUUUUGCAUAUAUACUCAGUGUUGAAGGAAGAUUUUAGUAUUUCGAAAACUUGUUAGUUAAAAGUCAAGAACAUUUACUCAAAAUAACUUCCCUUUAAAUUGCUGAGCAGUGUUACAUAUUGGAUCCAUCCCUCAAACAUGUUUUAAUCAUAUUCAGUACCUGGGUAACCCAUUUAAAAAUUAAAAAGUUUAAUGUUAGGAUUUUCUAAGUUGUAAGAUGAAUUCUGCAGUUGGACAUUGAUAUGGUUAUAAGUAUGAAGCACUGAGCUGAACUCAUCAUUCCAGAAAACAACGUGCUUUUCAUAAAUGGAUUCUAACAACAGUGGAGCUUUCAAGUUAAAAAAAAAAUUAGCAAUUCUAUUUCAGUAUUUUCCUCCUGAUAGAAACAAUAUUUUUGAAUAGUUUUUCAAUUUUCAUAAAAAAAACCUUAAAAUAUCAAGCAAGGAGACCUUAUCAUUAAUUGACAAACUUGAUCCACUGAUACUUCUGGAACAGUUAUAGAUUUUGUAUAUGGACUUCCUUAAGGUAGCUAUUUUUUAUCAAGUAGUGGUGCUAUAAUUAUCCAUGCCUGGUAAACAUAUCUGAAGCAGUUAUUCUGUUCUGUGUAUAGCUUGGCUCUAUCUUUGAAAGUUAGAACCUGAGUAUUUCUGAAACUCGUGGUGAGGUCUGAGCCAUGUGGGAAGAGUAUUUGUCUUCCUUGUGACAUGUUCUCCAUGCAACAAAUAUGUAGCUGCUCUCAAUAAGAGGGCUUGAAUAGUUAGACACACCUAUUUAGUGACUGGUGCCAACUGUGUUUUGGCUUGGUUUUUAAGGAAAUGUGUUCUAUUGACCUGAAAAUUUUAAAAGAAAGAAUUGAUCUUUUCCUCCUAUUUCAAUGAUUCCAAACACAGUAUUUGAAUUAUUAUUUUUUCCAUAAUAAUCUCAGGACCUGAAAGAUUGUAACAUAGUGUGUCUUAAAAGAUGUACUGCACCAGCCAUGAAUUUUGUAAAUAACCCUUUCACCCUCCUUUUUAUAUAUAUAUUUUAAAGUAUGUUAGGCUCCUUAUCAGAAGACCUGGUGCCUGCUUACUUUCCAUGUAAAACUGGAGUAGGAAAAAGGGAAAGCUGCUGCCACAAAAAGCCUAUGCCAGUUCUGAAUGUGUAUUCAGGUCCUUUCCAGUUUCAAAAUGCAAUUAAAUUAACUGGGAAACAACUACUUUCCUCUUAGUACAUUUUAUCAUGUCACGGGCCUGAAAAAUAAAAUGGUGAAUAACAUGUAUUUGCUCCAAAAGCUCAUAGAGUUUUCUAGAAGAGUGAUUUUACUUCAAAGGUUUGCCUGCUUCUAUAGUCCAGGAAUUUCUCUCUCAAUUUCACUUUUUCAAACAGGGUGCAGAUUAUUAUUAUUAUUAUUAUUAUUAUUAUUAUUAUUAUUUUGGCUGGAGGCUUCAUCUGAGAAUCCAUCUGUAGCUAACUAGCAGAUAUUUGAUCAGAAGUGGGAGCCUUGUUCAACUGAGAGUAGAUGUGCCUGUCUUUAAAUGUGGCAGGACUUUCAUGAGUGUUUUUCUUUUGUAUGUGUCAUGUGUCUGUGCUGUAUUAAAUAAAGAGGAAUGUACAUAUA